GCACUGUAUCCCCUCAAAGUCAACUUCAAAUUCAAUUACUUGAAAACCCUAAUUUAUUUUGGGCAGUAAAUAAUGAUGGCAAAAUUGUUCUGUCAAAACAACCUAUUUGGUGGAAAAUUGAUCCUGGAAGCGGUUACAUCAGUGUCGUUAAUUCUGACAAACGCGCCCAACGCGCCCAAUUCAACGAUGUUGACAAACAACUCACUGCUGUUACGGAUCAGGAAGUAGAACAAAACCAACGUUUCAUGGUAAUAUCAUUUCAUGAUGAUAUUGUUAACAUUACUCCCAGGCAAAAUGUAACAACAUGUGUAACACAUAAAGAGUUGAACGUUGUUGCUGAACUCGAAAACCCUCCCUGUGCACAAUGGAAACUGAUCAGAAGAAAAUCUUAA